AUGGCCAAGCUUGACACUACUUCUAGGCUCACCCGCCUGAGGGGCUUGAUGAAGGAGCGCAAUGUGCAUAUUUAUGUCAUCCCCUCCGAGGACAGCCACUCUUCUGAAUAUAUCGCAGACUGCGAUGCCAGACGUGCUUAUAUCUCAGGAUUCACUGGCUCUGCUGGUUGUGCUGUUGUGACUCUCGACUCUGCUGCCCUUGCCACUGAUGGCCGCUACUUCAACCAGGCUACAUCCCAGCUCGAUGAUAACUGGACACUUCUCAAACAAGGCCUUCAAGACGUUCCGACAUGGCAGGAUUGGUCUGCGGAACAGUCUUCUGAUGGUAAGAAUGUUGGUGUCGACGCAACCCUUAUCUCUGGUUCCACUGCCAAGAAUCUCGCCGAGAAGAUUCGCAAGAAUGGUGGUUCUGAGUUAGUUCCUGUUGAUGGAAACCUCGUUGACCUGGUCUGGGGUGAUGAACGCCCUGCACGACCUUCAGAAAAAGUCAUCAUUCAGCCAGACGAGCUUGCCGGUGAGUCUGUCUCCAAUAAGCUUGUCAAGCUUCGUCAGGAGUUGGAAAAGAAGCAUUCGCCCGGCUUCCUCGUCUCCAUGCUAGAUGAGAUUGCGUGGUUGUUCAACCUGCGUGGUAACGACAUUCCUUAUAACCCUGUCUUCUUUGCUUAUGCUACCGUCACUCCUGACGCCGCCAAGCUUUACAUUGACGACUCUAAGCUGGAUGAUAAGUGUCGUUCCCACCUUGUUUCGAACAAGGUCGAGAUCAAGCCAUACGACUCGAUAUUUGAUGACGCCAAGGCCCUUCACGCCGCUGUUACCGAAAAGAGCAAGUCCAACGAUAAGGCUCCUACUGGAAGCUUCCUCAUUUCGAAUAAGGGUUCAUGGGCGCUCAAACGGUCUCUUGGAGGGGAUUCUUCGGUUGACGAAGUCAGGAGUCUAAUUGGUGACGCAAAGGCCAUCAAGACUGAGGCUGAACUGAAUGGUAUGAGGGAAUGUCAUAUCAGAGAUGGCGCCUCACUCAUUCAGUAUUUUGCCUGGCUUGAGGACCAGCUGGUAAACAAGAAGACCACCCUUGAUGAAGUCCAGGCUGCCGACAAGCUUGAAGAGCUCCGCAAGCAAAAGAAGGAUUUUGUUGGUCUUUCAUUCCCAACCAUCUCCUCCACUGGUGCGAACGCUGCAAUCAUUCAUUACGGUCCUGAGCGUGGAAAUUGCGCUACCAUCGACCCUGAGGCUAUCUACCUUUGUGAUUCCGGCGCUCAAUACCGUGACGGUACCACUGACACUACUCGUACCUUGCACUUUGGCACGCCUACCGAUGCCGAGAGGGAAGCAUACACCUUGGUCCUAAAGGGUCACAUCUCGCUGGAUCAAGCUAUCUUCCCUAAGGGAACCACAGGCUUUGCUCUCGAUGCUUUGGCGAGACAACAUCUCUGGAAAAACGGCUUAGAUUACAGACAUGGCACUGGACACGGCGUUGGGUCAUUCUUGAACGUUCACGAAGGCCCCAUCGGAAUCGGUACUCGUGUUCAAUACGCCGAAGUAGCACUCGCCCCAGGAAACGUAUUAUCGAACGAGCCAGGGUACUACGAAGAUGGAAAGUACGGCAUUCGAAUAGAGAACAUGGUUCUUGUUAAGGAAGUUAAGGCUAAGUAUUCCUUUGGUGAUAAACCUUUCUUGGGCUUUGAGUAUGUCACAAUGGUGCCGUACUGCCGGAACCUGAUCGAUACGAAACUGCUCACAUCCGAAGAGAAGGAGUGGCUCAACACUUAUAACGAGAAAGUUCUGGAAAAGACACAAGGAUACUUUGAGGGCGACGAUGUGACGUUGGCCUGGCUUAAGAGGGAGACUGUGCGAAUUGACUGA